UUUAUUUACUGCAGGACAUAGAUGAUUAAAAAAAAAGAAGCAACAGUGAUGGAAAGGAGCUAUUCUCUGCUGCUACUUUUGUUCUAUAGUAUGGGUAAGGACAGGUAAGGUAUGAAUGAGUCUGGAUUGACCUACUUACCCUUUUAGAGUUUAAAUGUAAUAUUUUUUCAAUCAAAUUUUAAUUCAAGGGAUGCAUUAAUGAACAAAAAAAUAGUCGUUAAAUGAAGUUUUCAUACAAUUGUGACCACUCAGAGAUUAAUCACGGUAUUUAACAAUUACAAAGUGCUUUUGGGGGCAAACUAAAACAAACAAAAACACACACAGAUUAACAGUUAGAACAAAGACCAUUGAUUUAGAAAAGAGUCUGUAUUAUUUUUGCACGGUUCCAUCACUCAUUUUAAACAUAAUGUUUACCACGAAAAUGCACACAUUAUGUGUCUGUUGUUGCUUAUGUUCACUGGAAUGAAUCAUCUGCCAUCUGUUGCCCCAGUGUGAUGCAUCAGUCUCCAUUUCCAUGUCAUUUGAUUUUCUUGUGAACACAUUUUUCUUUUAAAUAAAUCCAACCACCAUCAAUCACCUCUCAGUUCAUGAGUCGUCUUGCACAUCACGCUCCGUGAAACACAAGAGGAUAUCACUUUUUCUUUCUUUCUUUCUUUCAAUGGGGGAGACGGCAAACGAGUGCUGUGAAUGUCAUGAUUAAUCUGCUUUUCAAACAAAUUAGCACAGCCUGGUACUGGAGUGUUUGAGGGCGACGGCUCAAAGCCUGCUGCUGCUGAUGGAGCUGCCAGAGAGGAUGUUGACUUCAUGGGAGCUUCCUGCUCCCAGGACCCAGGAAACACGGCAGGGGGAGAGUGUGGGAAGAGGCUGAGUGACUCUCUGUGGGCCUCUGAAGACCUCGGCUGCAGGUCAGAGAUUACGGGAGAUGUGCAGGCCAGUGGGGGGAGUCCAGAGUGGAGUGGAGCAGUGGACGCUCAGAGAGCAAUCAGCCUAGAUGCCUCAGAGUGCCUGAAUGAGAUGAGCAAUCUCUCUGGGACGGCUUUAGUCAGGAGCACAGCUUUGGAAGACCUUACGUCCAUCGGCAACAAGAGCAGUCAAGGAGAGGAGCUCGUCUCUGAGCAAAUAAACGAUGGGCUGACUGCUGAUGACGCAGCUAUAGAGUCCGACAGUAACGUCACCCCAGAAACACAACACGCUACUCAAAGUCCACCUCAAUCUUGGUUUGAUUCUCCUUCAGAGGAUCUUCAUCCAACAAAGAGCAGCAGGGACAUGUCUGAGGAAGACAGCCUUUUAACCAAAAUGCCAUCUGACAUGGAGGCCGAAAGCGGCAGCAGUGACUCAUUGUUACACAGGGACGGCUAUUCAAGGCCUGACAUUUCUAAUGACUCAGAGACGAGAGGCAGUGUGGCUCAGACCACAGUUACCACCGAGCUGCAGAGAACUCCCCCCCAAAGCUCUCCAGCCCGAAAGUCUCUGGUGCCGGUCGCUAUUUUCAAAGCUCAAGCAAAGGUGGAUAAUGGCUCCACGGACAAGACCCAAACUGCCACCUCACCAACAUCUCACCUUAAAAGACCAACCAUUUUCACCAAGGGCAACAAAUCACCCGCCUCUCCCCGAAACGGCCACAGCUCCAUCCCCAUUAAAUCCAGCAGCCCAGGAGGUGUGGGUGCUGCAAAAUCUCCAAACCCCGUAACCAAAGUUACUGCAAGAACUGCAGCUCAACCAGCUAGUGCCAAGAAAACUCCCACUCCAAAAAAUGAAAAAGAUGUGAUGAGUGGACAGAGCAGCCCUGGAACUCCCAAAUCCCCCGCGAGCCAAGCAGCUGCUGCAAAGUCAGCGGCCGAGGCCAACAAAGUGAAAAAGGUGGCGGUGGUGCGUUCUACCCCCAAAUCACCAGGUUCGCUCAAGAGCCGCCCCCCGGCUCCUCUGGCCGCCGCAGCGCCAAUGCCGGACCUGAAGAACGUCAGGUCCAAGAUCGGCUCCACAGACAACAUCAAGCACCAGCCUGGAGGUGGAAAGGUACAAGUCCUUGAUCAGAAGGUGGACUAUAGUAAUGUCCAGUCUAAGUGUGGCUCCAAAGACAAGAUCAAACAUGUACCCGGUGGCGGCAAUGUCCAAAUCCUGGAGAAGAAGCUGGACUUGACCAACGUCCAAGCUCGCUGUGGCUCUAAAGACAACUUAAAGCACAAGCCCGGUGGUGGCAAGGUACACAUUCUUGAUAAGAAGCUGGACUUAAGCAAUGUGCAGUCCCGGUGUGGCUCCAAAGAUAAUAUAAAACAUGUACCCGGUGGUGGCAAUGUUCAAAUUGUGCACAAAAAGAUCGACCUGAGCACCGUGACAUCCAAAUGUGGAUCGAAAGCUAACAUCCAUCACAAACCAGGUGGUGGAAAUAUUGAGAUAAAAAAUGAGAAGGUGGACUUCAAGGUCCAGUCUAAGAUCCGCUCUCUUGACAACAUCGGCCAUGUUCCUGGAGGUGGACAGAGAAAGAUUGAGAGCCACAAACUGAGCUUCCGCGAGACAGCCAAGGCCCGCACUGACCACGGUGCUGAGAUCGUCUCUUUGGAAGACUCCCCCCAUCAGCUUAGCACUGUGUCCUCCUCUGGCAGCAUCAACAUGGCUGACUCUCCGCAGCUCUCCACGCUGGCUGACCAGGUGUCUGCUUCUCUGGCCAAGCAAGGCUUGUGAAUGCACCCCGACCCCACUCUCUCCACCUGCACCUCAGAAACAUGACCACGUAGAGGAGUUGUGAUGCCUUCCUCAUUGUUUUCACAGGACUUAUUUUUAGCUAUCCGUCACUGUUUGUCCUUCACUAAUCUUUGAAACUGUUCUUGAGCCAUUAAUGAUGAACUAAUGUGGAAAAAAUGGAUUAACAAAUCGGCCAAAAUGUAUUUAAUUUCUCUCUGUGGUCUUUGAUCUCUAUAUCCGUUAUUAUUUCUGCCCUUUGGUGUCCCUUUAGGAGUUAAAGCCCCCUGAAGUGAAUCUGAUGAAUAUUUUUUUUUUUAUCUCCACACAUAUCAGGUGAAACUGGUUUAUUUAAUUAAGACGUGGUUUCCCUGUCACACUGUCUGUAAACCUAGACAGCUAUGGUUUGAAAUCCAUUUUAAUUAGUGUCCACGGAGUUUAUUUAUUUGUUUUUAGGGGAGAGAAAAAAAUAGAUGGAAUAUCAGUGUAGAAAAUGGAGGUAAAUGCAGACUGUUGUGGUUCAGUUUGUGCUAAAGCAGAGGGAACAGUUACAGGGUAUGGUGACGGGCGUGUGAAGGAAAGACGUUAAAGAAAAGAAGCAAAUUUCUCACCAAGGCAGGAAAAAUGCUUUCAGACCUGACUGCUGUCUUUGCUUUGUAGUGCUGACAUGUAAAGCACCUUGAGCUGCUGCAGGUGACAGGGGUGUGACCUGGGUUUAAAAAACAAAAACAAAACAACAGCAAAAAAAAUCAACAAAAACAGAACGGCUAGAAUAGACAUUUUGUUUUGUGUUGGGCACAGUUUUAUAAUCGUAUUCUGUGGAUAUAUGACAUGUAUUUGAUAUGAAGAAACAUUUGUAUUGUGCCUGCUACUGUCAGUGUUUUUUUUGUUACUGCUCUAUUGUAAAUGCGCUAAAGCUUGACGUAUGAGGGGGGAAAUUUAACCUUAAGGUGUUAAAAGUGUAACCGUCAUGUCCAAAUUAUCAAGAAGCAGAAUGAGUUCAUAAUUAAUUACAGUAUUCAAACUGCUGUACGCACUUAAACUUUAAAGGUAGCUACUGUAGAAUAAUUGCAGUUAAGUCUCAAAGCUAGAUGACCUAGCAUUAGCCAAACAGAGGCCACUAAUGAGAUGUUGCUAAAUGCUACAACGGCUAUUUAGCAUUUAGCUAAUGUUAACACAAAUGUAGAAGACUCAUGAAGUUAGCUAACAUUAACUUUCAUUAUGUCAUGUUGGUGAGCAUUAGCUACCAGACGCUAGUAGUCUUACCACGCUAUUUUAAGUAAACGUGCAUUUUUCAGUUCAUUAAUUCAUCUUUUUGUUGUUUUUUCUCUCCAAUGUCGCACUUUAAAGGUUGGAGAACCUAGUGUUUCUUAGCCUCUGCUCAUGUGGCAAACCUUUUCACCAUUUAUUUGCCAAGUUUGACUAAUUACCAUUACAGAUAUGUGUGACGUCAUUCCUACUAGUCAAAACUACAGAUUCAGAUACCUGCAAUUCAGUUUUUACUAGUCAAAAUAUCGUCAAAGAUAUCCGUAAUUCAGAUAUCUUCAAUUGAGGAUAUUUAAAGAAAUCUCGAAAUCACAUUAUGACUAGUCAUAACGUUGUUGUAGACAUCUGAAACUGGAAUUCCGUUGUAGAUAUAAUUGUAGAUAUCCAUCAUGACUAAUCCCAUACACAUUGAGAAUUGCAGGUAUUUGUAACUGUAGUUUUGACAAGUAAGAAUGACCUUGCAGAUAUUGGUAGUGAAUAUUCUGUCUACCAAUUAAUUAAAUGUUAAAACCGCUUGCCAUAGUGCUCAAGUGGGAUGAAUAUAUGGCUCUGGUAGAUUAAACACAUACAAAUAAGUUACACUGUGUUGCCAAAUGUAUGUGGACAACUGAAUUUCACCCCCAUGGGUGAUUGUAAGCAUCAUUACGCAUUAUCACAGAAAAACAUCUACGAACCACACACAACUCUGAAAUAAUAAUAUUUUGUCCACAUUACCUAUAAAUACCCACACAUAAUAGUCACUAUCAAACAUAAUUUUGAGCAAUUCAAACAUGUUUUUCUCUUCAGUCUGCUUCUUUUUUACCCGACUCCUAUGAAAAUGAUCUGAUGACCCCUAGUGGAGGGUCCUGAGGUGCUGAGAAUCUCAACCCUGAGGUUGAUACCGGCUAGUCUAACGCAGAGCUUAAAGGUCCAGUAUGCACCUUUUAUUGGUGAAGUUGCAUGUUGCAGACUUUAGUAAAGACAUCAUUUAGGAGUAAUGAAAAACAACUAUUCAUACAGUCUUGUGACUGUAUACAAAAAACAAGUAUUACAUUUUCAAUUUCUGUCUGAAUUCUACUCACUGAAACUUUAAAAUGAGAAGUCCAAACAUUUAAAACCCCAGACAGGAAGUAAUAAGAGGUGGAAUGACAGGCAUGUCCACAUGUUUUUGGCUCUAUAAUGCAUUAGACGAGAUCAUGAGAGGGUUUCCUGUGAGGCUUGUUUUUUUUUGUUUACUUAACAAGUGCAACCAGUUAUCCGUUCUCUCAAUUAGUAACAUGUUCCCUAAAAAACACAGUAAGAAAAAAAAGAAAAAAAUCAAACACUGCUAAUGGUCCUGAUAAUAAUCAGUUUUCCUUGUAACUCACAUAAAUGGGUGAAACAACUUCUUGCAUGCAUCUCAUGUAAGAGAGCCGUCUGCUUGUUGCCUCCCUUCACAAAGUGGUCUCUUUAUAUAUCCUGUUUAUAUAAUGCUUUCUGGAUUUGAAUGGAUUAUGCUGGCUAGAGUGUGUGUGAGUGUGUGGUCAUCUUCACUCAUAGGUUAGACAAAAGUCAUUUGCCAACAUAGAUAUAAAACUGUGAUUUAUCUCUAUGAUGGCAAAGACACAUCUUUGAUUUCAAGGAACAAACACGUAGAACUUAAAAGGGCGUAUCUGCAUGCGACAUAAAAUUCUCAUUUUUCCUCCCCAAGAGUGUUGUGGGAUGGGAGUUGUUCCCCAAGUGUGUCGUUCAAGUUAGUGUGCUUCAGUGGUCCUCCUCUCCAUGAUACAACUUUGUGCCGGAGCAGUUUGGAGAGGUUACUGCAGUAAUUAAAACUCAUCACCUUUUUGUUUCCGGGUUCCUUUUGAUUCUGUACAGUUGUGGAAAUGUGAUUGUUCUUGUUACUGUGCAUUUUAUCAAUAACUGGUUUAUGAUGAUUCUUGUUGCUGUAUAUGUGUAUUUGAAAAUAAAUGCUAUGAACUCA